AUGGGUUCCUCAUCCGAUCUGGUCAAGCGGCUUGACUUUGAUCGUGGUCUGGAAUUCCAAGAUGAAGUUCGUCGUCUCUUCAGAUCGCCGGUACAUCAUCCAUCCCCAAUCCCUGAUGGCUCUUUCUUUCUGCUCGUCACGUUCCGGCGCUUCCUCUUUCGUCUGACGGAAGAAUCAGUCUCCCUUGCACUCCAAUCUUGUUUGGGUGGUCGGGCUUUGGAUUUCCACGUCAAGUUCUUGAGUAACAACCACUUUCGUUUCUCGAUGUUUUCAAAACAAGUUGGCUUUCAUAUCUACAAACUCCGUCGUGUUAUUAGUUCCAGUUUUGAUUGCUAUUUUCAUUUAUGGAACAAUGGCACUCCUCACUGGGAGCGUGAGAAACGUGCUUGGGAAAUCGAACAGGAAAAAGAGUGGACUAAAGUUCUUUCUAAGAGUUCCAAAAAGGACGCUGCUAAAUCUCACAAGAAGGUCUCUUUUGCCAAGAACUUAGUUCAUCACUCCCCCGUCAAAUCCUCCCCUGUGAAGGAGAAGAUAUCCUUCGGUGCUUUCUCUGUUCUUGCUGUCACCUCUCCUGGCAAUCUUGUUUUUGGAAACACCGAUCUUAAGUAUGGAAUGGAUCACAUUCAUGCUUUUCAGCCUGGAGCCAAGCAGGAUCGUGUUCUAAAAUCCGAGAUGCAACGGUCGCCCAGCAUGCAGAGGCCUGGAGAAAUUCCCGACGCUAAUGCUACGGCCAGGGCGAAAUCUUCGGCCCAUAUUUCAAACUCUAAAUCUCUUGUUACUGGGCCUCGCUGCUCUAGCUGUUUCAGUCUGGGUCACCUCAACGCCAAAUGCCCUGGGAAAAUCCGAUGCUGGAAGUGUUCAAAAUUUGGUCACACACGGAAAAUGUGCUCCACAAGUUCAAUUCCUAUUUUUAUGUGGCAGCCAAAACUAAUUAUGGAUGAUGAUCGCACUUUACCACACAGCCAUGUGACUCGAGUCAAGCACAGAUUGGUGUGGACUCCAAAGAUCCCAAUAUGCAAGGCUUCUGAUAUCCUCGAUUCCUGCACUGGCUCCCCGGACUCUUCGCAUUCCCUUAACCAGGAUCAGUUGUUUGAAGGUGUUGUUGACGAAAGUAGCUCUUCAUCCAAUGAUGCCACGUCUGCGCCGUUGGAAGAACGUGCCCGCUUUGCAGCUGCCCAACAAUGUUGUGCCAAUGCUUUGAUAUUCAAGAGGAAGGAUUUACCAGAUGACGUUUUUGUCCGAGGUUCAACUUCAUCUGCUCCCAUUAUCAUUGAUAGAAAUGCAAUGCAAUCUGCCCUCCUCCAACCAGCCCCUGCUGCUGUUACUGGUAUGGAGAUCGUCCCAUGGAAGCCAGUUUUCGAUGUGCUAGCUCUCCAGCUCUGGCCUGCAGUAGUUAAGAGCAGACGUGAAGCAAAUGCUAGAGCAACUGUUGUUCCCUCUGGUCCUGUGAUCCUUUUGGGCCCCCCACCUCAGUUUGAAUUUCAAUCAGAGCAAAUCAGGCCCAGCCCAUCACUCACUCAGGGCCAAAAGAGCAAGGCAGCUAAUGAGAAGAAGACCCUCGCUCUCCCAACUACUAUAUCUGAAAGUAGUGCUUCCACACCUUUGGUUCAGAGUACUGUGAGACGCAGUUCCAGACGCACUGCUAAAUUGGAUGGAUUCUGCCCUGUCAGACUAUCUGCCAAUCCAUCGAAGAAACGCAAAAUAGCCGUGGUCCAGAUUAACGAAUCAACAGGAGAGGUUGCUCCUGUUGACAUUUUUGUGCUGCAAGGUUGGGGUAUCGACUGUGGUGUGGCUCCUAGCGAGCUCACUGAAGACGCGCUGCUGCAAGCGCCAAUAGGCCAAGUUCCCAAUGAAGAUCACGCCAACUAG